ACUGUCAUUAACUGACACUCCAAUUCGUUUGUGGUUUGUGUGUUGUUGUAAUUUGUAAAUAAAAUCAAGUUGUUUGGUUUUACUGAUAAUCACGAAUAAAGUGAAUUUUCUAACAGUGUUUGGUCGGUGCCUCCCUACGGUCCAAGUUUAGAUGACACUUGGACGCAAAUACCAGCAGUCUUCUGGGAAUGCUGGGGAUGCUCGUAAGGUGUAUACUAACCAGUCGAAGGCUGGGACUCUGUCUGGGUGCUCGUCUUCUAUAUCUUUGUGCGAUAUGAUCGAACCACCGGACUAUGAAGAAGUGUGCGAUCAGCUCAUGGGCGAGCGCGACCCGCUCGCCUACCCGUCCACCGACAUCGAGCUGCUCGUCGUGCCGCGCCGCAUCCGCACCGUCACGCACGUGCUGCCCGACGAGGACCUCACAAAAGCGCCGAUGUUCGUCCGCGACUGUAUCCGCAGUUACACAUCGGAUUACUCCGUGGUGGAGUACAAGCACCGGCAGUACUCGGGCUCGUCCUGCGGCCGCGAGCGCCAGAGCGAGCGCCUGGAGAAGCUCGCGGCCGGGCCCCGCCACCACUACGAGGUCGACGCGGACCCGGUCGCCGUGUCCACGGAGGAGCUGACGUCACAGCAGUUCGAGUCCCAACCAUCCAGCGGGCGUCAGUCCGUCGCGUCGAUCUCGUCGUCGUCGUCGUGCAACGAGACGCUGACGCCGCGCGGGUCGUGGGCUUCCCUGGACCUUAGAAGUUCCUCCUCCGACCCGCUCCUGCCGGACUUGUUUGAACGGCGGCCCCCGGAGCAAAUGGACGCAGCCAAUGAGGCUAAGAGGUUGGAGAACAGACAACCUGACCUCCUAGGCCUGUACACUCCGUACCUCGACGAGGAUGAGGCGGUAGAGAGAAGGCUCGCGGCUGAAAUGCCCAGCGAAGUCAUGGGCCACAGGAUCCUUGUCAACUGCCACCAGUUGAAGCUAGAACUCGACGUCGAACCUCUCUUCGCGUCAAUGGCUCUCUAUGACGCUAAAGAAAAGAAAAAACUAUCAGAAAACUUCUACUUCAACCUAAAUUCAGAAUGCACAAGACAAAUGUUAGCAGCGCACGUUCCACACGCGGACUUAUCAACGCUCAGUAGAAGUGCAGUAUUUGAUAUACUGAACCCUUCGGCCGAUGUAUUCUUGGUAGUGCGAGUCGAGAAAGUUCUGCAGGGAGAUGUCAAUGAAUGCGUGGAGCCUUAUAUCAAGGACGAUAAGAACCGCGAGAAAGUCCGCGCAAGCGCUCAAGCAGCGUGCACUCGUCUCGGCAAGUAUCGCAUGCCACUCGCCUGGAGCGCUGUAUCGCUGCCUAACAUUCUCAGCGGCGCCAAUAGUCUAGAAAGGGAGCAAGAUAAGGACAGCCUGUCGGCUAACGGCAAUACCAACAGCUUGGACUCCAAAGCAUCCUCCAGCAGCUUAGAACAGCUGCGUCUGCGCGUGUGCGAGAAGCCUCUCCUCGACCGCAAAGCAUCGUCCAGCAGCCUAGAACAGCUGCGUCGUCGCGCGGGCGAGGUGGGCGGUUCUUUGACUCGGAAGGGCAGCGUGGAGCGCCGCGCGCCGCCGCCCGGCGAUGAGCUGGCCGCCUGUCUCGACAGCUUCAAGCCCAUCGCCAUCACCGUCACCAGCUUCUUCAAACAGGAAACUGACAAGCUGCGCGACGAAGAUCUCUACAAGUUUUUGGCCGAAAUAAAGCGACCGAGCUCAGCGCCUAAGAAGCUCAAGUGCAUCCCUGGCACUCUCAAGAUUGAAGUGUGCCCGUGCCCUGAUGAAAUCAAGAACGGUCUGACGCCGGAGCUGGCUAAACUGAGCCCCUAUGGAGAUGAAAACGUCAGGCCAUGUAAAGAAAUCCUACCAUUCCCGUUGACGCCGACGCUCGUGCCUCACUACCAGUACCGAGCGCUGCUGUUCCUAUCCGUGCGAGACAUCAGCCUGGCUGCAUACACUUCUAGGACUGGGUCUGCGAGGAAUAUCACUGUGCGAGUGCAGCUAAUGGCAGGCGAGCAGCAAUCGGCAGCGCUGCCGGCCAUCUUCGGCCGCAGCUCGUGCCCCGAGUUCUCUACAGAGGCCUACACCACCGUGCUGUAUCACAACAAGUCGCCAUCCCUAUACGACGAGAUAAAACUAAAACUUCCCGCGGACUUAGGAGACCAGCACCACCUGCUGUUCACGUUUCUACACGUGGCGUGCCAGCGCAAGCCCGUCGCGCCCGGACAAGAGAAGAACGUAGAAACCGUCGUGGGAUACUCGUGGCUCCCCCUAUGUCGCAACGGCAAGCUGACGUGCGGCGAGUUCAACUUACCGGUGAUGCAGGAGGAGCCGCCUCCCAACUACUCGUACAUAUUCCCCGAUGUACUGCUGCCCGGGACGCGGUGGAUUGAUAAUCAUAAGCCGAUAUUCAGCAUUGCCUUGGAUGCGCACACGACUGUUCACCCGCUGGACGGGUACAUCGAACGGUUCGCAAUGGCGUGUGAGGCAGUGCAGGAGGGCAAUAUCCCGCCAAGAAUCGGACUUGCUAACAUGGAGGCUGAACUACGGGCCAGCAUAGCGGAGCUGCCAACAGCAAGCGUAGAAGCGCUGGCUGCAUAUCUACCGGUAGCACUGGACCGGCUGCUGCGGCUGCUGGCAGCGGCGCCGGCGCUGGCGGGCGCGCCGCUGAACAUCGCGCAGCAGGUGUUCACGUGCGUCGCGCAGCUGUUCAGCGAGGUCACGGUGCGUGUAAGCGUCUAA